AUUCUCCAUUUGAGUUCUACGCAAAAGAUGGACGCCGAUGUUUCUCGUUUUCAUCCAUCUGAAAUUGUUGAUAGAGAUCGUCUUAACCGAAUGGAAUUUCAGGAAAAAAUAAUUUACUCAUUGACUUCUGAAACUGCAAAAAAGCAAAUCAAAUCUCUUCGCCUCAAAACAACUGAAUUUGAGAUAUGGAUACAAAAAUUCAUAUGCAUAUAUCUAGUGAUUAAAGACCACUAUUCUGAAACUCAAUAUUGGUAUACUUUCAAGAGUGAUAUAUAUCGAAAAGAGAGAACAAAUCAAGAAGGAUAUAUUGAAGUAAUGAAGUCCGCGAAUUUUGGACCAACCAUGUUACUUCCACAGAUGCCUGCUACAAUUGGUGUGAGAGAGUUAGCAGGUCAUUUUCAAGAUGCUCUGCAUUACCCGAAAGUUGAUGAUUUCAAAAUUGAAUGUGAUGAGUUCGAUCUCAAAUCGAUUUGUGAUGAUUUUGAAGGAAUGCAGAUAAAGAGAAUGAAGAUUGAGGGAAGACUUGAUAUAACGUAUUACCAAGAAUUCAUGAAGGUAUUCUGUCAGCAAGUCGACGAACUUGUACUUUUCGGGGAUCCAUUUACCAGUUCUCACUACAAAAUAGAAGAUGUGUUGAUUCAAAACAGCAAAAUAACUCUUCAAAUGACAUCGUUUUCAAAAAACUUUGACACUUUGCUGAUAAACAAUGCAAGAAGAAUCUUGGUGUUUGCACAGACAAGCCUAGCAACUAUUGAUAUUUUCCUAAAGCAUUGGGUGCACGGAUCAAAUCCAAGAAUGGAGUAUUUUGCGAUAGAAUUGAUGGAAAGUGAUCUGAAUGAAGAAGAAUGCUAUGCACUGAUAUUGAAAGGAUUGGCCUGUAAAUAUGCACCAAUUGAUCAGAUAAAACAAUUUGAUGAUACAUUGGAAGGAGGAAUGAACAUCACUGGAGUGAAUGACACCGUGGCUUUAAUUCAUCUUGAUACGUUAGCCUCUAAGUUAGUUCUUCAAAUGUUUGUUCUUAAUUGAACAAUGCCGAUUCAAUUUGUUAAUUCGUAAUUAUACCUUAAUAAAGAGACAAAGAUA